AUGGCUGCGAUAGUGUCGCCCAAGCUCGACCUGCUCACCGAGCGCAUCAAAGCCAAGGGCAUACCUUGGGAGGCAUACGCACGAGCUGGCUUCGUAUCAAAUGAGGACGUCUCACUCAUCUCAAAGGUGUCAGGCACUCGAGGCAAGGCCGAGGUCACUCUAUCAGAAGACACCGAGUCCUACGCUGGACUGUUCGUCAGGCUGCUGCGAGAUCAGACUCGAGCAGACACGCUCGGCUACGUGCUAGCAUGCAUCACCGACAUGCUGACCGAUCACGAAGAGCGUACACCUGUCUUACUCAGGCAGGAUCCUACACCAGCGCUGGCCAAACACCUCGAUUCGCAAGACGAGUAUGUCCGGCUAAAGAGCGCUGCCCUCCUCAGCACGCUCGCUGCGGGGAAUGAGGACGUCACCAAUGCAGACUCGACUCGUCUCAUCGUCGCGCUUUCAGACACGCUCCGAUCGGCAUCAUCUGACAGAACCACUCUCGACGCGGAAGUGCAGAGCAUCUGUCUGCAAUGCGCAGGCGCUAUCUUCCGCAACCCUCACAUCAGACAGCUAGCGCUGACGCGAGAGAUCUCUCAAUCGAACGGAGACGGAGCGGGCACUGACACCGUCGCCGAUGGCAAGCUCAUCGCAGAUCUUGUCGCACUCCUACGGUACGGCCUCGCAGACAAGACCGGCACUCUGCCGCCUCAGAUCCAAUACCAACUAGGUCUCGCGUUCUGGCUGCUGAGCUAUGAGCGGAGGUUCUGCGAGAACGCGCAUGCACAUUAUGGGCUCGUCACCCUACUCGCAGACAUAUUGAAGAAUGCCUCGAAGGAAAAAGUCGCCCGCGUAGUGCUGGCAACCUUCAGGAAUCUUGCCACAAAGGCGCCCGAAGAGACGCUGUCUGCAAUGCUGCUCGCUAAAGUAUUGCCGCACCUCCAACAGCUUACCCAGAGCAAGCAAUGGUCAGAUGAGGAAAUAAAGGAAGACAACGAGUGGCUUAUCGAACAACUCAAGGAGGCGGCCAAGAGCAUGACAACCUAUGACGAAUAUGUCACGGAGCUCAACUCGGGCGAGCUUACUUGGUCACCUCCGCACGAAUCAGUAGAGUUCUGGCAGGAAAACGCGAAGAAGCUCGCAGACAAGAGUGCUGCCAAUCUGAAGACGUUGCUUGAUCUGCUAGAGGCGUCCGAGCCAGAAGUGCGAGCGAUAGCCUGCAAUGAUAUCGGUCAAUUCGUCAAGUACUUUGAUGGUGGCAAGAAGCUUGUCACAGACCAUGGCGGCAAAAGCAAGAUCUUCGAGCUGCUCAAUUCGCCCGACCCGAGUGUCAAAUAUCGCGCGCUCAUCACCGUUCAAAGACUCAUCUCUGAGCCCUGGACUACAUGA